UCUAAUUUCGGUUACUAAACUGCCCUUUUAUUAUUUUUUGUGUUUUCAAUUCUCUUCUUUUCGUUCUCUGAUACGUCUACGAUGCGAGGCCUACAAGAUGUUUUUGUCUUCCCUGUCAGCUUUCUCAAAAUUCCCACACUUUCCAGCCUCUUUCGAACUUUUCCGAGCGUCCAAACACCAUAACCGCCAAAAAAAAUCUCCACUUUUCUUUUCGUCGCAGUGAUCCUCUGCCCGUUCAUGCUUGAAAGUCCGAGCAAUUUUGGCAACUUCUCAGCAACACGGCCCGUCCUCUCUCUUUCUGCGAUUCCGCGCAAUACCUCUCUACCUCUAGGCUCUGGUGCUCUCUCUAUUUCAGUCCUUUUGGUUUACCCCGUUUGCAGGCUACAGUACAGACUACACAGAGAGAGAAGAUGCAGGUUAUAUAGAACAAAAGAGUGGCAAAGCCCAUAGAAGCUUCACUUUUCUUCGUCUUCAUAAUCAUCAACCCCAUAACCUUUUACACUCUGUAUCCCUGAGUGUCUGCUCUAAACUGCUGCUUCUUCUUCCUCUUGUGAAAAGGCAAUUUGUGCUUUUGUGGGUGUUAUAACUGUAAAUUAAAGUUUUGGUGAGGUUUUGAUGUCUGUGCCUUUAGAGCAUGAUUACAUAGGCUUGUCAGAGGCUUCUCCUUCAAUGGAAGGCUCUGAGAGGUCCAGUGGGGGCUUGAACCUCAAGGCCACUGAGCUGCGACUUGGCCUGCCCGGGUCCGGCUCACCGGAAAGAGAAAACGGAGCAGUGACCGAGGACCGGGCUGGGUACCCACUUGGGAUGCUGAAGAGCUUGCUGGUGGUCUCUGGUGCCAAGAGGGGCUUUUCUGACGCCAUUGAUGGAGGUUCUGGGAAGUGGGUUUUUUCUGGGAGUGGUGGAUCCGAGGCUGAGUUGGGUAAAGGUGGGAACUUGUUCUCUCCCAGAGGUGUUAAUGGCUCAGGGAAAGGUGGUCUUGGGGGUGGGUCCGACUGUGCCAAUCAGAAUCCGGGUUUGGGUGUUCCGGUUCUGAAAGAUGGCGUUGUUCCUCAGUCACCUAAGCCGUUGCAGGAGAAGAAGUCCCAGCUCUCUGCUCCUGCAGCAAAGGCACAGGUUGUGGGAUGGCCACCAAUUCGUUCUUUCCGGAAGAAUUCAAUGGCUACUCAUCCUCCAAAGAAUAAUGAUGACUCAGAGGGCAAGUUCGGAUCUGGAUGUCUUUAUGUCAAGGUCAGCAUGGAUGGUGCUCCAUACCUGAGAAAAGUUGAUCUAAAAAACUAUGGGAGUUAUAGGGAACUCUCUUCUGCACUGGAAAAGAUGUUCAGCUGCUUCACAAUUGGUCAGUGUGGCUCUCAUGGAGUUCCCAGCAGAGAUGGAUUGAGCGAGAGUCGGUUAAUGGAUCUCCUCCAUGGUUCUGAAUAUGUACUCACCUAUGAAGACAAAGAUGGUGAUUGGAUGUUAGUUGGUGAUGUUCCCUGGGAGAUGUUCACUUACUCUUGUAAGAGGAUGAGAAUCAUGAAGAGUUCAGAGGCUAUUGGGUUAGCCCCAAGGGCAAUGGAAAAGUGCAAAAGCCGCAACUAGUGCAACCCAACCGCAUUAUGCAUACCAUAUUCUAGUUAAACAAAAAAUGUUGGAAAUGUUUUCUAUUCAGAUGCCGAAAGCCAUGAAUGGGUCUUAAGAUUGAUCCCAGUGUUCCCUGUUUACGUAUGGUUCUAAAUAUUGAAAGUUGUUAUGGAAAAACAUAGUAGUAGGCGAGAUACGUCAUCCUAGAUGGUUCCAGUAUUCUUAGGCUUGCUCCCCACCCUUUCAUGCCUCGGUCUGUAAUAUGGUUGCUGUUUGUUAGGGUUAUAUACACUACUAUGUGAAUGGUUUGUUUGCUGUAGUAUCUGUCUCUCCCACGAGUCACGACGGUGUUCGACUUUGUUCGAGUGCCAAGACUCUCUAAUAAUGAAGUGCUUCUCAGAUUGCUGAAA